UUGUCACUAGUGUACUCAGCACAUGCGCAGCUAGCUCCAAAACAGUAGAACUCCUGGAGUCUCGCUCAAAUUCUUCCGCAUCGCAAACCAAUCAACCGCGCAUAUCCCAGGGCAGCAUCAGCAUCGAUUGACCACCAUGUCGCACAAUUUUCAGCUGCGCAGCUCGGCUCUCCCCGUGCGAUUCUUCCCCGGUGGACUCGGCGCCCGCUUGUCGUGCAAUGAGCCCAAGCAUCUUGGCAGCAGCAGCAGCGUCGGAGUCGCUGUAGCAUCGCCGGCAAGAACAAUGCAACGGCACCAGGCGAAGGCGACGGCGAAGGAGAUGGGGGUGCAGGAGACGGCCCAAGGAAGCGCGGCGCUCGGGUGGGCGGCCAGGGACGCCUCCGGCGUCCUCUCCCCAUUCGACUUCUCAAGAAGGGCUCAGAAAGACGACGAUGUGACGAUCAAGGUGCUCUACUGCGGCAUCUGCCACACUGACCUCUACACUAUCAAGAACGAGUGGGGAACCGCAAUGUACCCCGUUGUUCCUGGGCACGAGAUCCUCGGCGUCGUGACCAGCGUCGGCAGCGGCGUCACCAAGUUCAAGGCCGGCGAGACGGUGGGCGUGGGCUACUUCCUCGGGUCCUGCCGCUCCUGCGAGUGCUGCGGGAACGGGUACGAGAACUACUGCUCCGGCAUGGUGCUCACCUCCAACGGCAUCGACCGCGAGCACGGCGGCGAGGUCACCCAGGGCGGGUUCUCCGACGUCAUCGUCGCCAACCAGGACUACGUGGUGCGCGUCCCGGACGGGCUGCCGCUGGCCGGGGCCGCGCCGCUGCUAUGCGCGGGCGUCACGGUGUACAGCCCGAUGAUGCGCUUCGGCCUCAACGCGCCGGGGAAGCACCUGGGCGUCGUCGGCCUGGGCGGCCUCGGCCACGUCGCCGUCAAGUUCGGCAAGGCCUUCGGCAUGAAGGUCACCGUCAUCAGCACGUCGCCGGGCAAGCGUGAGGAGGCGCUGGAGCGGCUCGGCGCCGACGAGUUCCUGGUCAGCCGGGACCCCGAGCAGAUGCAGGCGGCGUUCGGCACCAUGGACGGCAUCCUCGACACCGUGUCGGCGUGGCACCCGAUCUCGCCGCUGUUCGCGCUGAUGAAGCCGAUGGGACAGAUGGUGUUCGUGGGCGGGCCAACCAAGCCGCUAGAGCUGCCGGCGUACGCCAUCGUGCCGGGCGGGAAGGGCAUCGCUGGGAACUGCGUCGGCGGCAUCAGGGACUGCCAGGCCAUGCUCGAGUUCGCGGGGAAGCACGGCAUCACUGCCGAGGUGGAGGUCAUCAAGAUGGACUACGUUAACACAGCUCUCGAGCGGCUCGAGAAGAACGACGUCCGCUACCGCUUCGUCAUCGACGUGGCCGGCAGCCUCGGCUCAACCGCAUAAGCUGGUAUAACCAUUCCCGUUAACAUGACAGUGGUAAUUUUCUUCGGCGAAUGCAUGCACAUCUAGAGCUUUUUGUAACCAUUACCGUUAAUAUCUCUGUUUAAAAUAAAGACGCGGCUACGGGCUAGAGCCUUUAAAGAUUAAA